AUGAGGGAACCCUGGAGGUGCCUGCUGGGCCUGUGCCUCCUGGUGUGCUCAGCCUCCGCCCACAGCGCCACCAAUCCCUUCGCAGGGCAGCAGACCCCUCCGGACCCUUGCUAUGACGACACAGGUGCUGCCCGCCGCUGCAUCCCUGAGUUCAUCAACGCUGCCUUCGGCAAGGAAGUGACGGUGUCGAGCGUCUGCGGUCGGCCGCCGUCCCGUUCCUGCAGUGUGGUGGAGCGAGGUGACGAUCGGCCUUCUGUGCGCACGUGCCACAUCUGUGAUGCAGCCGACCCCCGCCGUGCCCACCCCGCCUCCUACCUCACUGAUCUAAACUCAGCCCACAACCUCACAUGCUGGCAGUCAGAGAACUUGCACGCCUCACCACAUAACGUGACGCUCACCCUGUCAUUGGGGAAAAAGUUUGAGAUCACCUAUGUCAGUUUGCAGUUCUGCUCACCGCGACCCGAGUCCCUGGCGAUAUAUAAGAGCAUGGACUAUGGCAAGACCUGGAUGCCCUACCAGUUCUACUCCUCACAAUGCCGGCGAAUGUACAACCGGCCCAACAAGGCAGCUAUCACCAAGCAGAAUGAACAGGAGGCACUAUGCACAGACGGCCACACUGACCUCUACCCACUUUCUGGAGGCCUCAUCGCUUUCAGCACGCUGGACGGACGUCCCUCUGGCAAGGACUUCGACAACAGCCCUGUCCUCCAGGACUGGGUGACUGUCACUGACAUCCGUGUGGUCUUCAGCAGGCCCCAGCUGCCCCGAGAACUGGGACUGGGGGCCGGAAGCAACAGCGGGGGGAGGGAUGAUGACCCCAUGGCAGUGUCAUCGACGCUGCCAGCCUAUUUCUACGCAGUGGGGGACUUCCAGGUGGGCGGGAGGUGUAAAUGCAAUGGGCAUGCCUCACGCUGCCUGAAAGACAAGGAAGGCAAACUGGUGUGCGACUGCAAGCACAACACAGAGGGACCUGAAUGUGACCGCUGCAAGCCCUUCCAUUAUGACCGACCAUGGCAGAGGGCCAGCGCACGUGAAGCCAAUGAGUGUCUACCGUGUAACUGCAAUCUCCAUGCCCGCCGAUGCCGUUUCAACAUGGAGCUGUACAAGCUGUCGGGCAGGAAGAGUGGAGGAGUCUGUAUGAACUGCCGCCACAACACAGCGGGCCGACACUGCCACUACUGUAAGGAAGGCUUUUACAGAGACAUGGCCAGGCCCAUCACGCACCGACGAGCCUGCAAAGCCUGUGACUGCCACCCGGUGGGUGCAGCAGGCAAGACAUGCAACCAGACCACGGGCCAGUGCCCCUGCAAGGACGGAGUCACGGGCAUCACCUGCAACCGCUGUGCCAAGGGCUACCAGCAGAGUCGCUCACCUGUGGCACCAUGUAUCAAAAUCCCCGUGGUCAACCCCACAGCUGUGGUGAGCAGCACAGAGGAACCGGCAGAUUGUGAGUCCUACUGCAAACCAGUGAAGGGCAACCUGAAGAUCAACAUGAAGAAAUACUGCAAGAAGGAUUAUGCGGUGCAAGUGAACGUGCUCGACAUGGAGACGGUGGGCGACUGGGCCAAGUUCUCGGUUAGCGUGGUGUCUGUGUACAAGAGCCGCGGCGAGCCCCUGAAACGUGGCGACAACAUCCUGUGGAUCCACAUGAAGGACCUCGCCUGCAAAUGUCCCAAGAUCCAGAUGAGCAAACGCUUCCUGGUGAUGGGUGGCAGCGAGGGUGGAACCGGCCCAGGGGCGGGUCCAGGGGUCGGGCCUGGAGGAGGGGCCACCAAUCCUGGGGCAGAGCGCGUGGGCCUGGUGGCCGAUAAGAACAGCCUGGUGAUCCAGUGGAGGGACGUUUGGACGCGGCGCCUGCGGAAGUUCCAGCGUAAAGAAAAGAAGGGCAAGUGCAGCAAAGCGUGAUGGGAAAGCAGCAUCUAUCCGCGCCUCUCACUACAUCACCCACCGUCAUGAACCCAGUGAUCUCCUUCCUAGUCCUCAGAUAUUUGGCAGGAUAGGAUACACAUGUACCUUUGUUCUCCUUCCGCUGAAUCCAUUGUUUUCCUCCACCACGGGGACACUGCACAUUACAAAGACUGCAUGUACCUUACCUGUUUUAAGGACCACUUUUUGUGUAUAUUGUAUAAUUAUUUUCCUGUUUAUUUUUCAAGUUUUGUCAUUGAAAUGUCACUUGUCUUUUUUUCAAAUUGGUCUGCCUUAAAAAGGGACCAUUAAAAAGGGUAUGAAGUGUAGACGAAAGCAGACGCCAUUCCCUCCCUCGACAACGACAGUGAAAAUGUCCACUCUUCCCCCAACUACCUGCCCGUGACCGCCAGCCUCCUCCUGUUCCCACACUGAUUUUCUCCUGCCACCAGUACAUCCAUUCAGAACUACCACAUUUCCUGUUCUCCUCCAAGGAUUUUAAUCAACAAAGCUUAUCACAUCAGAGAGAUUGACUGAUCUCAGCGUGGCGCAACACCACUCUGCAACCCAUCAUAGGACAAAACUGCACACCCUCAGCUUGGCUUCCUCCCGUUUCAUUGUCGAAACAAACUCGGCCUUAAUCAACAUGAGCUGAGAUUAUGGGCCAUCUGACCACCUGUCAACAUUUUGCUGUUAAAUUGCUCAUACAGAAUGGGCCUAUUUGUUCCAGGCCUUUGCAGCAACCUCUAUGGAUCAGGAUCCAUUGUAACUAAAAAAAAAAAAAAAAAACUCUUGCCCCAUGAGGACCCAAGGGCUCCCUUUGCAGGGACAUUUUC